UCCAUUUCUGCAAAGGGAAGUGACUCUGUGCUGCACGAGGAGCCUGAGAGAGUCUCAAAUAUAAAGUGAAAGAAGGAUUUGUGGCUGCUUUGUGCAGCUCAAAUCAAUUCAAGGAUGGAAUGUUGACCAGAUGAUGAAGUUAACUUGAUACAAUUUCAAUAGUACCAAUGUGUUAAUAUUAUACAAGCCAUGUCAGUUCAUUUUGAUGAAAGAAGUGGGACUGUUCGUUGCAAGACCCCAUGGGGUGAAUGGUAUCAGACCAUGGAAGAAAUUUUCAUUGAUGUCCAUGUUCCAGUUGGAACAUCUGCAAAAGAAAUCAGAUGUAGCCUGGGGAGUAAAGAUAUAGCAUUGUCUGUUAAGGGGCAAGAGAUAUUGAAGGGGAAGCUCUUCGAUUCUACUGUAUCUGAUGAAGGAACGUGGACUCUAGAGGAUAAGAAACAGAUCAGUAUUGUGCUAAGGAAAAGUAACCGCGAAGCUGGGAACUGCUGGUCCUCAUUGCUGGAAGGGCAAUAUCAUGCUGACCCCCUGCUGCAAGAUGAAAUGCAGAAGAAACUUACACUAGAGAGGUUCCAAAGGGAGCAUCCUGGCUUUGACUUUAGUGGGGCUGACAUUUCUGGAAACUAUGGCGGUGGAGGUCCAGAUUUCUCAAAUUUGGGAAAGUGAAGACAAUUCAAAGACAAAAUUGUUCCUGUAGAGUAAUACUGGACUUUGAGAGGAAAGGUACAGAAGACAAGCUGUUGGAAAUGCCUCUGCAGAACUCUGAAGCAAAACUUGCUGUGAAAAUAAGGAUGAAUUUGCAAAGCACACCGUUAUUAGUUGUAAACAACCCAGGAAUUUGUGUUUUUGAGGGAAAAAAGAAUACUGUUGUGUUGUGAAUGAUUGCAAAUUGCAGAAUGAUUUGAAAUGCACCACUAUUGGCCUUGCAAAACAGAUCUUGUUGCUACUGUCCCUCUGAAUUUCAAGGAAUACCUGGGUUUACAUUGUGAAUACAAUGAAACGAGUCAGUCAAAGUUCGGACAGCUAUUGGAUAUUGUAAGUAUGCUUUAAAUGGAGUGAUUAAUAGUCUUGACAUGCCACUCAACCUUGGAAACUCAGAAAGAGAACAAUUAAAAUUGGAAUCUCUCGAGGCUU